GAAUCAUAGGUUAUUUAGUGCAGACCAUAUCCAAGUCUAAACACUCUAAACUACAUGCUUGGUUUUGGCUUGUUCUGGUUGGUUGUGUAGAAAAACUUACAAAGCUCUUUCAUUCAGUAAAGCACCAAGAUGAAGGUUGAGACUAGGUCGCAUGUUCAUGAGACAAGGAAGCAGAAGGCAGAGUCCAAGUCACAUGAUGCAGAACACUCUCCUAAGAAGGCCAAGUUGGAAACUGAGGAUGGUCAAACCAAUGGAAAAUCUGCAACUGAUGUUUUAGAAGAAUAUGAUGAGUUCUGUAAAGCCACAAAGGAGCACCUCACUUCAGAGCAAAUGAAGGAGAUUUUGGAGGCUAAUGGACUUGAUUCCUCUGGCUCUAAUAUAGAAAUUACACGAAGAUGCCAAGACUUGAUGUUUUUUGGUGCAUUGGAGAAAUGCUCUGUUUGCAAUGGCAAUUUGGAGUUUGAUGGCAGGCGUUAUGCUUGCAAAGGGUUCUAUAGUGAGUGGUGUAGUUGCACUUUCAGCACCAGGGACCCUCCAAGGAAAGAGGAACCCAUUAAGCUACCAGAUUCUGUCCAGAACUCUUUGGUUUCAGAUUUGCUGAAGAAAUAUCAGGAUCCGAGUCAAAGGCCUCAGAGAGAUUUAAGCUCAGUUUUGGACAAGCCUUUUACUGGAAUGAUGAUAUCUCUGAUGGGUCGUCUUAGUAGGACACAUCAUUAUUGGAAAGCAACUAUUGAGAAGCAUGGAGGGAAGGUGGCAAAUUCUAUCAUUGGGGCAACUUGUUUGGUGGCUUCACCAGCUGAGCGAGACCGAGGUGGCACAUCCAAACUUGCAGAAGCCAUGGAGAGGGGCAUACCUGUGGUUAGGGAGGGUUGGUUAACUGAUAGCAUGGAGAAGCAAGAACCACAACCUUUAGAAGCUUAUGAUCUUGUCUCUGAUCUUUCUGUGGCUGGCAAGGGAAUCCCAUGGGACAAACAAGACCCUGGGGAGGAGGCUAUUGAAUCACUCUCAGCAGAACUCAAGCUAUCUGGGAAGAGAGGGGUCUAUAAAGAUUCCAAGUUGCAGGAUCAAGGUGGAAAGAUAUUUGAAAGAGAUGGGAUAUUGUACAAUUGUGCCUUCUCUGUUUGUGACCAAGGACGAGAACUAAAUGACUACUGUGUCAUGCAACUGAUUAUGGUCCCAGAGAAUCGUUUGCACCUCUACUUUAAAAAGGGUAGAGUUGGAGAUGAUCCAAAAGCAGAGGAGCGAGUAGAAGAGCAUGAGAAUGUUGACAAUGCUGUUAAGGAGUUUGUAAGGCUCUUUGAGGAAAUAACAGGAAAUGAAUUUGAAUCAUGGGAAAGAGAGAAGAAGUUCCAGAAGAAGCCAUUGAAGUUUUACCCUAUUGACAUGGAUGAUGGAGUUGAAGUUAGACAUGGAGCACUUGGACUUAGGCAGCUAGGAAUAGCAGCAACACAUUGCAAACUUGAGCCUAUGGUUGCAAAUUUUAUGAAGGUUUUGUGCAGCCAGGGGAUAUAUAAGUAUGCAUUGAUGGAGAUGGGUUAUGAUUCACCAGACCUUCCAAUAGGAAUGGUUACAAAUCUUCACCUGAAAAGAUGUGAGGAAGUCUUGUUAGAAUUCAUAGAGAAGGUGAAGUCAUUGAAAGAGACUGGGCCAAAGGCUGAGGCUGUUUGGUCUGAUUUUAGCCAGAGAUGGUUCACACUGAUGCACUCCACAAGGCCUUUCAUUUUUAGGGAUUAUCAGGAGAUUGCAGAUCAUGCUGCUGCUGCCUUGGAGAGUGUUCGAGACAUAACCCUUGCUUCUCACCUCAUAGGAGAUAUGAGUGGCUCUACCAUUGAUGACCCAUUGUCAGACACAUAUAGUAAAUUGGGUUGCUCAAUUUCUCCCUUGGAGAAAAAUUCAGAUGAUUAUGAGAUGAUUGUGAAGUACCUUGAAAAAACUUAUGAACCAGUCAAAGUUGGUGACUGUGAAUAUGGGGUGUCAGUUGAAAAUAUUUUUGCUGUGGAACCAAGUGCUGGUCCUUCCUAUGAAGACAUAGUCAAGAUGCCAAAUAAGGUUCUUCUAUGGUGUGGAUCACGAAGCUCAAAUCUUCUGAGGCACUUGCACAAGGGGUUCUUGCCAGCAAUAUGCUCGCUACCAGUUCCGGGUUAUAUGUUUGGCAAAGCUAUUGUUUGCUCCGAUGCUGCAGCAGAGGCUGCUAGGUAUGGUUUCACUGCUGUGGACAGGCCAGAAGGGUUCUUGGUUUUGGCCAUUGCUUCUCUAGGAAAUGAGAUUACCGAGUUGAAAAGCCCACCAGAGGAUACAACACCUUUGGAGGAAAAGAAGCUUGGAGUGAAGGGGUUGGGGAAGAAGAAAACAGAUGAAUCAGAACAUUUUGUUUGGAAAGAUGACAUAAAAGUCCCUUGUGGACGAAUAAUUCCAUCAGAGCAUGAAGAUAGCCCCCUGGAAUAUAAUGAAUAUGCUGUCUACGAUCCUAAGCAGGUACGUAUAAGCUACUUGGUGGGAGUGAAGUAUGAAGAGAAAGGCACUGUGAUGGACACAGCAGAGUGAAAGAACAACAAAAAGAUGGAUAUAAAACUUUUUUGUAGUGCAUAAGAAUGAUACAUGAUCCAAGACUAUCACGUCUGAAGCUGUUGCUGUUUCAAGUUUCAACAGAGAGGUUUAUGUAGGAAGAUCUUUAUCAUUUUGAUGUGUACAAGAAUAUUAUAUACAUAUGAUAGAAUGUGUUAGUAUGUGGUGUCCCGUUUUGAUGUAUGUAAAUGUUGCCCUACAGCAGAUUAACACCAUGUUAAGUUUUAGUUGACUGCUCUUCAGUAUGAAUGAAAAUGAGUAGUAGAAAUGCUAGUUUGAGCUAUGUACCUUAAAUUUCUGCUCUUCAGUAUGAAUGAAAAUGAGUAGUAGAAAUGCAAGUUUGAGCUAUGUAGCUUAAAUUUCUGCUUAACAGUAACUUGAUGGUUAUCAAUAAUACUUCUGAUUAAGAAAAGGCUCUAAAUCUUGUCUACAAUACAAAAAUCCUCUAGUGCGUAAAGUGUUUCCAAGUUCGUACCUCUAAAUAGCAUUUCUCUACAGUGGUCGUCUUUGAAUUUUAUCAUUGUGAAAUGUACCCCAUAUGGCAAGACAUCCUGCAUUAUUUUGAAUGGAAGGAACCAAGAAGCAUGUUAUAAGCUGCAAAAUAAGAGCACUUAAAAUCCACAUAAGAGACCAGUAUUAGCCUAUCAGGACAAGGGAUGACAAGCACUCAAAUUGACCAUUGUACCACCAAAAGAUUAGAUGA